UGGGCAACGAGACACGUUAGCCCCCACAGCUGCAAGCGGGUUGUAAUUUUGGGAAUCGCAACACUGUCGCAGAGAAGCAGGGAUAUGGAUCGUAGAAGCGGUAGACGCGAUUAUUCUAGGAGAGACGAUAAGAAGCGGAAUUACAAGAGGAAACAUGAGAAGUCACCGUUAAGGAAGGAGAAUAGUCAUCCCAGGCACAGAGAACGCAAUGAGAGGAGCAGAAGUAAAGAUAGAAGAGACGAUUCCAGUCGAAGACGCAACGAUCAGCAUAAGCAGAGGCAGAGUCCAGAGGAGACGAAAGUGAAGAGAGAAUCCUCGGCGGAAUGGGGAAAAUCGACUGCGAAGGAGGAGAAAGAUAAGCCCAACUUUGAGCUGUCAGGAAAAUUGACGGAGGAUAUGAAUACUGUCAAUGGAGUAGUUAUAAAAUACUCUGAACCUCUGGACGCCAGAAAGCCCAAACGUCGAUGGAGAUUGUAUCCCUUCAAAGGCGAGAAGGCGUUACCUACAUUGUACAUACAUCGGCAAUCGGCGUAUCUUAUGGGCAGAGAUCGUAAAGUAGCUGAUAUACCUUUAGAUCAUCCUUCGUGUUCUAAGCAACAUGCUGCUCUGCAAUAUCGUUUGGUCUCUUAUCAAAAAGAAGGUGGUGUCGAGGGUAGAAGGAUACGUCCGUAUAUUAUCGAUUUAGAGUCUGCAAACGGUACCUUUGUAAAUAAUGUAAAACUAGAACCAAGGAAAUAUCAUGAAUUAUUAGAAAAGGAUGUGAUACGGUUUGGCUUUAGUACCAGAGAAUACGUUCUGUUGCAUGAAUACAGUAAGGAUGAUUCCUUUGAUGAUGAUGUACCUCUUGCAAAUGCAACUUAGAAAUUAGCGAACCUAAUUUUAACAGGGAAAAUAUCCAGAGAUGAAUAUGAAAACUGAUACAGAAAUUGAGCUGAGAAUCAGAAGAAACAAGAUAUCUUUGAAGAAGAAAACCGAAUAUGUAUGUAGAUACAAUCUUAUAAUCUCUUGAUAAUCUUUCGAAUCUUCAGAACCAUCUUAAAUAUAUAUUAAU